AUGGCAUUGAAUCUGCUUGGCGACUACAGCAGCGGGGAUAGUGAAGCCGACGACAAAGACGAGGAUUUCACCUUUUUCCACGAAAAGAGCCCAAGCCCGGAUGAUAUGCAGAAUUUGAAAGACGAAGCUGAUGUUGAUUUUAAGCCCUCGACAAACCUUAGCGCGGCGUUCUUCGGAGGCGCUAGCGACGAAUCAGAUGACGAUCCGGAAGAGGAAGACGGGCCUAACAAGUCAGAACAGGCGAAGAAGAAUAAAGAUACGAAAGUUGCUGGCCAGGUGCCCGGAACUUCUACACCGUCGGUGCCGAGUUUUGAUCCUAGGAAGAAUACGGACCUGGAAUGCAGUGUGUUCAUGAAUGAGGCGACCAAGGAAGAAUUUCUCAACAAGCGAAUCCUCUCCCAGCAUGUGAAGUUGACCGACAUCAAGGUGCAAGACGACAACCGAAAGAAAAUGGGACCGUGCCGGGCUUUCAAACGUGGAGAUUGCCGUCGCGGCGACAAGUGCCGUUUUUGGCAUCCGGCACCCGGUGAGCGACGUGAUGUUGAACCGGAAGAGGGAGCCAUCACGACUUCGGCCCCGAACUUGUACAGCGCCGAGCAAAACGCUUUCAAGAAGAAAAAGCUGAAU